AUGUCAUCAACUGCUGUUCAGAACUGCCGAUCGGCGGUAAAGGCCCAGCAGGAAUCGCGAGAAACACCCCUACGUGACAUAGAUCCCGAUUCGCUCGUUAUACAACUUAGUGGUCAUCUAAAGAGCAUUCCUUUGCCAGAGACCCUCCGCUUUGGGGAUGUUUGCACAGACCAUAUGUUAGAAAUUGACUACGAUCCUGCAACGGGCUGGUCUGUGCCUGUCAUAAAGCCCUAUGCGUCCAUAAGCCUCGACCCUGCUUGCUCAAUAUUCCAUUAUACCCCCGCACUAUUCGAAGGGAUGAAGGCGUACCUUGGACCAAGCGGAAAACCUCUUUUGUUUAGGCCUGAACUGAAUAUGAAGCGAAUGGCCGCAAGCACCGCUCGCCUCGCUUUACCAGCUUUUAAUACUGCCGCUCUCUUAAUUCUAAUCAAGAAGCUUGUCGUGAUUGAUAAACGCUGGAUACCCUCCCUUCCUGGAUAUAGUUUAUACAUAAGACCCACUCUGAUAGGGACACGCCCAUCUUUGGGUGUGGCACCGUCGUCACAUGCAAAGCUUUUUGUAAUUCUAUCACCAACCGGGCCUUAUUUCCCCUCUGGGUUCAAACCUAUAUCUCUAUACGCUGAGUACGAUGCUGUCAGGUCAUGGCCUGGCGGUACUGGUGCCUACAAAUUAGGCAUCAAUUAUACACCAUGCUUUCAGCCUCAAGCGGAGGCCAGUAAGAGGGGCUAUCAACAGCUUCUAUGGAUCCUUGGCGAAGAUCGCCAUAUUACCGAAGUGGGUCAGAUGAACUUCUUCAUAGUAGUUGAACGGAGCGAUGGCGAUUUCGAUGUCGUAACACCUCCAUUAGAUGGCACCAUCCUACCCGGGGUGACUCGCGCGUCUGUGAUUGCUCUUGGAUCCCUGCUGUUCUCGGAUCCUGCUCUCCAGCGCUAUGCUCUAGCCCUCAAGGGCAAAAGGCUUCGCAUGAGGGAAGAAUCCAUCACUAUGUCGAGGCUCCGGUCAUUAUCGAAGUCAGGGGAGCUCGUUGAGGCGUUUGGGGCUAGUACAGCAGCGAUUAUCGCCCCCAUAGGGAGGAUUGGUUAUGAAGAGGCUGAUAUUCUCUUGCCUGUGCAUGAAGAAGGUUUGGGUCCUGUGGCAGGUACCUUCUACCGGACAUUAAUUGCUAUUCAAGAGGGCAAGGUGGACUGGGAAGGGUGGUCCGUAUCUUGCGAAUGA